AAAAAGGAUAAGAGAAGAAGGUAAAAAACAAGAGGUGAAGAGAGAGAAACAAGCUUGGAGUAACGCUGGAGAAACUGAAUGAGGAGGUGAAGAGAAGGAGAGCAAGCAAAGAAAAGUCAAGAUUAGAAACAAAGAAAGGAGAAAGAGGGGGGGAAAAGCGAUGUGACUGGGAAGGAGGUGAUUUGAAAGGUGGACGGAGGAAUUAAGCAAGAAAAGAAGGGAAAUAAUAAGUGAUUGCAGAUGUGAGGAGGAGAAAAUAGAAGACAGCUGAUGUGACUUUUGGGAUUAAAACAAAGUGACCUGGAGGAAGAGGAGAAGAAAGAAAAAAAGAAAGAAAAAGAAGAGGAGGAGGACGAGGAGCAGUAGAUGUGACUGUUUGCAGAGCGUUAACUAACACUUGAACUGUGUGUGAGGAGCAGAUCUGAUCCUGAUGAUGGGCUGCUGUCUGUUUGUUUACUAUCGGAAGAAGAGGAAGCAGGCCAGCAGAGAUGCAGACUCCCUCAGUCUCUGCAGUCUGGACAUCAACGAGCCCAGCACCAAGCGGAGUAAACCUGUAUCCAGGGUUACGUCUCUGGCCAACCUGCUGCCGCCUGUCAAGACUGCACCGCUGAAGAGGAUCGGUCAGACGCUGCAGCGCACCAUCAGUUUUCGUAAUGAGGGUCGGACUGAGAGAGCCGCUCCUCCUCCCCCUUCAUCCUCUACGAUGAAGAAUCGGGUUAUCUCAGCGACCGUCUCCAACCCUUCCUCCUCCAUGACUGCAACACGGGUUUCCACAGCAACAGCCCCAGCCGCCAAGCGCCGUGACAGCAAGCUUUGGAGCGAGACGUUUGACGUCCGGCUGGGAGCGACGCAAACUCUGAGCCCGAAAGAGAUAAAACGACAAGAGGCUAUAUUUGAGUUGGCCCAGGGUGAGCAAGACUUGGUAGAGGACCUCAAGUUGGCCAAGAAGGCCUACCAUGACCCAAUGCUGAAGCUGUCAAUCAUGACUGAACAGGAACUGAACCAGAUCUUCGGUACUCUGGACUCCCUGAUACCGCUGCAUGAAGACCUCCUGAGUCGCCUCCGUGACGCCAGAAAACCUGACGGGUCCACAGAACAUGUGGGACAAAUCCUGACUGACUGGCUGCCCUGUCUCUCCUCCUACACUCCGUACUGCAGUAACCAGGUGAAGGCUAAAGCCCUGUUGGAUCAGAAGAAGCAGGAUCUGCGGGUCCAGGACUUCUUGCAGCGCUGCCUCCAGUCGCCCUUUAGCAGGAAGUUGGACUUGUGGAACUUCCUAGACAUCCCCCGCAGCCGGGUGGUGAAAUACCCAUUGCUGCUGAGGGAGAUCCUGAAGCACACGCCCAACGACCACCCGGAUCGACAGCACCUGGACGAGGCGAUGCUGAUGGUUCAGAGUGUGGUGGCAGACAUCAACAGACGGACGGGAGAGUCUGAGUGUCAGUACUACAAAGACCGUCUGUUGUACGCGGAGGACGGACUGAAGGACGGACUCAUUGAUCAGUCCCGGACCCUUUGCUGUCACGGAGAACUGAAAAACAACAGAGGACUCAAGCUCCACGUGUUUCUGUUCCAGGACGUUCUCGUCAUCACCAGGUCCCUCACGCUUUACGACCAGCAAAUCAACUACCAGCUCUGCCGCCAGCCAAUCCCCAUCCGGCAGCUGGACCUGGAGGACCUAUCAGACGGAGAGAUAAGAGUGGGCGGGUCCAUCAGAGGGGCCUUCAGCAACAACGAGCGGACAAAGAACUUCUUUCGGGUUUCGUCCCGCAGCGGAGGUCAACUGCAGAGCCACUGCUUCCAGGCCAGCGACGCCUUCAACAAACAGCAGUGGAUCAACUGCAUCAGACAAGCCAAGGAAGCAGCAGCACUGACAGGAGAUCAGCCACCACAGACAGGACAGUGUCUGGAGACAGGGCUGGGUGGACAGAUAGGGCCGCUUACUGAAACAGGUCUGAGUGUGCCGAGCGAAUCAGAGUUUGAAAAUGAAAAAACAAUGUGGGCGGAGAUGAAGACAGGGCUGGGUUUCGAAGGUGAGGUAGGUCUGAGUGGGGGAAAAAAUUUGGCUAAAGAGGCAGGGGUGGGUUUGAUUCUUGAGACAGCGACUGGUCAGGAGGUGGAGACAAGUUUGGGUGUGGAUGGUGGGACGGUGCUGGAAUCAGAUGGAGAAACAGGGAUGAACGGUGAUUCGAGGCUGGAAAUGAGUGAGACAGAGGCGGGUGUAAAGACGGAGGCAGGACAGGGUGCAGGUGAUGAGACGGGGGCAGACUUGAGGAUGAAGAUGGAUGGAGGAGGAGAAGGAGAUGAAGAGACUCUUAGUGGAGGUGCUAAUGAUGUUCCCACCUCCAUCCUUCCCUUCUCUCCUUCUCCCUGUCAAGAGGAUGAGGAGGGGGAGAAGGUGGUGAUGGAGGAGGAGCAGAGUGGCACUCAGGAGCAGGAUGAGGUUGUCAUGGACACCAGCGAGGUUGACUCAUCACCACAGGGCGAGGAGCUGACCCUCAGAUGCUGAUGCUAGGACGACACACUGAAGGACUGGCGACGCAGCCAAUCAAAACUUCUGAUUUCACGAUGAUGUCACUGAACAAAGCCAAAGAACAUCGACACUCAAACAAACUCGUCAAGACUCGUUAACCAACGUGUUCUGGAACUCUGCAGCUGCUGUAGCCUGACCACUUGUAACCACGGUAACCACGGUAACCACAGUAACCACUUGAUUCUAGAAUGCCACAGCAACAGAACGGAACACUGGCCCCCAUGUGACUCUACUAACUAAGAUCCAAGAUGGUGCCCCAUUCGCUCCAAUGAAAGCUACAAAAAUAUAGAAAAUUAGAGCAACUUCCCACAGACUCCACGCACACCAGUUUAUUUACUUGUAUACUAAUACGGCUCCUCAAGGCUGUAAUUUUUAUCUGACCUAAUUACACAAAUUCAGAUUUUAAACGAAGACUGAAGUGAGACUGUUUGCAUUGCUCCAGAGGAAAAAAACUACUGGAGCACAUUGAUUGAUUUGCAGCCUUUAAUACAACCAAUAGGUGUGUUUGUGACGCUCAUGCAUAUGGAAAAAAAUGUUUUGGUUUAGUGGGUGUCAAGUAACAGCUCCAACUGCAACUGUAGCCAAAAACUGCCUCACAGCCCAAUACUGUUCCUGGGGACUUGACCUUUUAUCAUGUAACUACAGUAUGAGUGCCACUGUCGUCCGUGUCAGUGGCAUCAUGUUACUCUUCUAAUCAUAGUGCACCAGAUUAGAGCGUGAUAGUUUUUUCCUUGUUUGUUUGAUCCCUGUUUAAUUAAUACUAAAUUUGUUUCUUUAUUGCCAACAUUAGCUCUCUUGUAUUUUGCACUGGAUAAGUCGUUGUACAAUCUCUGGUUGGCUGCCAAUAGUCUUGGCCACCUUGUACAAAGGUGGACCAGUAUUUUUACAACUGUUACAUAACAAAGUUAUGUCAUCAUGGUUGUAAAUAUCACAGGUAUCAACAUUUUUAAAAUCACGUUUGCAAAUGUCGUUAGAUAAAGGGAAUGCAUUCAACACAUUAAAAAAAAAAAAAAAAUUAAUUCAACUUAAGAUAAUGUCUGAAAACACUGGAGAAAACAGCUGUGCUGGCUCUGCUCUGAUGGAAUAACAGCAGACUAAGUUAGAGAGUAGCUGGUGAAAAAAAGGCAACAUUUAGCAAUUAAGAGCCAGAUAUAAAGAGUGCGGUCUAGACUUGCUCUAUGUAAAAAGUGCCUUGAGAUAACUUCUGCUGUGAUUUGGCGCUACAUAAAUAAAACUGAAUUGAAAUGAAUUCAAUAUGUUUCUCAGGAGCUGGUGGAGACCAAAGCAGAGCUAAAAGGAGACUGAAUAUUGGACUUAGAUUUAUCAGGUUGAAGCAAACAUAACUCGCAUAGGAUGCUCUGUGUCUGCUGAAUGUAGAAGUUUAUCAUACGUCUGCUAACUGGUUUAUAAAGUGGGAAGGUGGUUGCUGUGUAUCUUUCAGUUUGACGAUUCUCUAUCUGGUGGCAAAAAGUUAUUCAAUGCAGGGUUUACAGUAGUUGGCGGUUAUGUGGGAGUAUUGCUGAGAACAAAUAACUGAAAAUGUUGGCAGUGAACGUUUGGCAGACAUGUACAAUAAGAACAUUUUUCAAUUAAAAACUAGCUAUCGGCAUGGUUUGACGUUUCCCCCAAAAACAUAAGCAUUUCAAAUAGUUCUAUAUGAACAAAAUUCUUACAGUAUUGUGAUUUUAGCAAAUUCGUCCCCCUAAAGUGUCCUCAAUACAUUAAAGGACCGGUGAGUAGGAUUUAGUCACAUCUACUGUUGAGGUUGCUGAUUGCAACUAACUGAAUCCCUUUCCCUCUCCCCUUGCAACCAUGUAGGAGAACCAACAGUGGCCGCAAAAAUGGCAAAAGGCCCUGUCUUGAUUUGUUUGUCCAUUCUGGGCUACUGUAGAAAGAUGAUGGUGCUACAUAAUGGGCUCCAAGAGGACCCACUCCCUAUGUAGAUAUAAAAGGGUUAUUGUAAGAUAACGAAAACACAGCAAUUCUUAUUUUCAGUUGAUUAUACACUAAUAAAGACAUACCUUUGAAUAUUAUAUUCAGUUUCUGCCAGUAGAUCCUCCUAAAUCUCACACACUGGUCCUUUUAAAUGCAUUUUGAGCAGAUUUUAAGUUCUGAUAAUCUAUUUGCUUUAUUAUCCUGUAAAACUGAAACAUGCUUGUAGCGGCAGCAGGUAUUACUAAAAAGCUGCUGCAAAAUGAAAUGUUCAGUGUUUUGUCAUGGCAACCAAAGAAAUCCUGAGGGAGGAGUGUAUGUACUGUAUGUAUGUAAAUAAUGUAUAUUAAGUGUGUCUGUAUAUGAAUGUAGGAAUAAAGCCAAGCAUGUCUGUUUGUUAUAUAUAACACAUGAAACAUGAUUUACAAUCUCAAGACAAUCUUUUGGAUAUUAGUCAGCAUAGUUGUGAUACUGAAAAUGAUGGUGGUGAUGAUGAUGAUGAUGGUGGUGGUGAUGAUGAUGGUGAUGAUGAUGACAAAAGAUAAAGACUAUCAUUUUUACAAAUUUUAAAAAGUGGAUUAUUUGCACAUCUUAGAGACAACUUAAAUGAAAAUGUACCAGACAAAACUCACGCACACUUUCAGUUGCACUUAAUUCUAUUCAAUAAAAAGUUAUA